AAAAAAAAAAAAAAAGGAAAGGCUGCAAUUAAUGCUUGCCCUGAGAUUCUCCCAGUUCUGCAGCCAGAUUAAUAAAUGAAACUGUUUACCCCAGAUGCAUGGAAGAUUGGUUCUGCUCAUCUCUCGUUUUAUGGCCAGUGGGGUUAAGGCUAGGAAACCUGUGAGAUUUGCUCAUGGUGCCUGAUGAAUAUCAGAGUCAGAACUGAACCCUGGCAUCCAGCUGCCCCAUCCGUCAGCUGUGCACCCUCCUCCGCUGUCCGACAGCCCCCCCGUGCCAGGCGUCCCUGCGAGUGGGCUGCGAGGAACCGACUGCUUGCAGGACUCCAGCAUUUCUCAUUACCAGCUGCCCCUCGCUAGCGUGGAGAUACUGAUACCUGCUCAGUGAAGUGCCCUGACACCUGCUGCUGAAUGGCACUGUGUAAGAACCUGCUUAUGACACCACCAGGGAGAAACUGUUCACCAAACAGUCCUUAGGAGAUGAUCCCCCCAAAGGAGAUUUCCCUGUUCAGAAAAAAUCCCCGAAACUCUGUGGUUCCAACUACCCCCUGAGCAUUGCCUUCAUCGUGGUGAACGAGUUCUGCGAGCGCUUCUCCUACUAUGGCAUGAGAGCUGUCCUGACGCUGUAUUUCAUAAGCUUCUUCCACUGGGAUGAGAAUCUCUCCACUGCUGUGUACCAUGCCUUUUCUGCUCUCUGUUAUUUCACACCUGUCAUUGGAGCCAUCAUGGCAGACUCGUGGCUGGGGAAAUACAAGACAAUCAUCUACCUCUCCAUUGUGUAUGUGGUCGGCCAUCUGAUCAAGUCAGUGGGCGCAAUUCCAUCCCUGGGCAACCAGGCCGUUCACGUCAUCCUGUCUAUGGUUGGUCUGUUUUUGAUCGCCCUUGGAACGGGAGGUAUCAAGCCCUGCGUCUCUGCAUUUGGUGGGGACCAGUUUGAAGAGGAACAUACCUCGGAGAGAAGCAAGUUUUUUUCCGUCUUCUAUUUAUCCAUUAAUGCUGGAAGUUUGAUCUCCACGUUUGUAACUCCUGUAUUAAGAGGGGAUGUGAAAUGUUUUGGAGAGGAUUGUUAUGCACUGGCUUUUGGUGUCCCAGCAGCACUGAUGGUGUUGGCGCUUGUUGUGUUCAUUGCUGGAAGUGGGCUGUACAGAAAAAUGCCCCCACAAGGGAAUGUCUUACUUGAAGUGUGCAAAUGCAUUGGAUUUGCUAUUAAAAACAGGCUGAAAAACCGCUCCCAUCAUAUUCCAAAGAGAGAUCACUGGCUUGAUUGGGCAUCAGAAAAGUACUCGAAACAACUGAUUGGGGAGGUUAAAAUGGUGACAUGCGUUCUCUUCCUCUUCAUACCACUGCCGAUGUUCUGGGCCCUGUUUGAUCAGCAGGGAUCCAGGUGGACUUUGCAAGCCACAAAGAUGAAUGCUGAUUUUGGAAUAUAUGUCCUUCAGCCUGACCAAAUGCAGUUCUUAAAUCCACUUCUUAUUCUUGUCUUCAUCCCAAUUUUUGACCUUGGGCUCUACCCUCUGAUAAGCAUGUGCAAAUUUAAUUUCACGCCUAUUAAGAAAAUGGCAACAGGUAUGAUCCUUGCAGGGAUGGCGUUUGGACUUGCAGCUAUUGUAGAAGUCAAAAUUAAUGAAACCGAUAUGCCUCAACUUGUCCCAAAAGAAAGUUUAUUUCAAGUCCUGAAUUUGGCAAAGAACCCUGUUCAAGUGACAAUCCAAGACCAGGACCUAUUUCAGCAGCCUGUGGAGGCUUUUCAGAACCCAGCUGAGUACUCAAAUUUGAUAUUGAAUGGCGAGCAACAGAACCUUCACUUCAUCCUGCAACAUCAAGGAUUGUCUCUCACUUUUAACUACACCGCGAAGGAAAAAUCAGUAUACAGCUUAAUUGUUUUUGAGGCAGAAGGAAGUCUAUCAAGUCGCCUAAUUACAGACUUGAAAGCAAAGCCAGAAAAUGGUUUGGCAGCUGUUAGAUUCAUUAAUGGUUUGAGCCAAGAUGUCAACCUCACCAUUGACAGCAAACAGUUUGUUGCUGUUCAGAAAAACUAUGGUGUUUCUGAGUACUUGCUGCUAGAGAGGGACAAAUACAACAACGGAAAAUGCAUAACUGAAAUGGGGGAAUUCACCCUGGACCUCGGGCUGCUUGACUUCGGUGCAUCGUACACUGUUGUGGUAACUAAUGUUUCUGGAGAUGCUGUUAAGACAUGGAAGUCAGAAGACAUCAAAGCCAAUAGUGUCCAUAUGGCUUGGCAGUUACCACAAUACUUACUAAUAUCUGCUGGAGAAGUGAUGUUCUCCAUUACGGGUCUGGCCUUCUCCUAUUCUCAGUCUCCAGCCAGCAUGAAGUCGGUGCUGCAAGCAGGCUGGCUGCUCACGGUGGCUGUUGGGAAUACCCUUGUGCUCAUUGUUGCCCAGGCUGCACCAAUGGCACAGUGGGCUGAAUUUGUCUUGUUCACUGUUCUACUCUUUGCCGUGUGCAUUAUUUUCUCCAUCAUGGGAUAUUUCUAUGUCAGUGUGGAUCCAGAGGACCUACCAGGAAAGGAAGAGAAGACAGAGACCGCAAGCAGAGGAAACAUGAUUAGUCUCGUUACUCAGAAAACAAAGCUCUAACACAUCAUGGGUUGGGAUCUUUUUUUUUUUUUUUUUUUUAAAACUCAGUAGGAGGUAGGGUGAAAGAAAGAUGGGGACAAUGUUACUUUAUUUUAUAGCACUGCAGUCUUUAUUACUCAAAAUGUAGCCACCAUCUAAACGGGACAAAAUAGCCCUCUAUAUAAACAGUAGGGGUCCUGAAAUCGGAGCAAAAUUUCUUGGGAAAGCUCAUCUGGUAUUAAAUGCGCUUAUAAGUAAAUACAGUGUAAUUUAGAACCUGCCCAUCUUCCUAAGCAAGGGAUACUUUCCUAUGAUUCUGUUUUAAACAUAUAUUUAGGGCAGCAGGGAGGAAGGGUGGAGGGCAUGCCAGAUGACAGCAAAAGCUGGUGAUGUUGGGGGAAAAGGAUGAAAACCCAGUAUAGGAAUCAGGAAAUAAUAGAUGUUAGAGAUGAUGGAAGAUUUUUUUAAUGCAAUCAUCAUGGACUGGAAGAGUUACAAUCCCAAAAGGUUUCAUCAUGUAACUCUCCUUAUGAGUAUUUCACCCCAUUAUUGCAAAUUAUGAAUGGCCCUGAUUUAUGACUUUCAGUUCCCGGCUCAGAAGUAAUAACAUGGAAUUAAAUGCUGCAGGCUCAAAUAUUCCCAAAACACUACUGAACAAGGUAUGCAUGCUACCAUCUCUCUGAUACAGGUUUUUUCUUAGAAGUUUGCAGCGACUGAUGGUAUUCUUUGAUUAGACAUGAUUAGAGAAUUGGUUUACACUUUUUUACUUCAGGAAUCCAGACAGUUAUUUGCCAUCUUAAGCCUAUAUUGGACAUUUCCUUUAACAAUAGCUGCCACUGCAAGUUAGGGUAUGGCUCUUUUCUCAUCUCAUGCUUCAGUUAUUCCCUACUGGGAGACGCACUGCAGCAGUUUCUGUAAAACUCCAGGUAUCCCGCAGUGACUUAAACAAGGAUGCACUUUAUCAUUUUUUCUUCAGUCUACAAAAUGAGACCAUGGCAUAUGAGAUUUUUUUUCUACCUGAUUUUCUGUAUCUCUACUAAACUUUGGAUAUAGAUAUUGUAGCAGAAUUGUGAUGUAAUUGUCUGAUUUUCCUUCCUUACAUGAAGCUGUGAUUGUUCUGCAUUAGAACUAUUUCAAUCAUCACUGAUCUAGUAAAACUCCCAAGCCAGCCCCUGCCUUCCUCUGCCACUCCAAGGCUGCAGCUGGCCGGGUAUGGCCUAAUCUACAAAAGGGCUGUCCAUAGGAUUUUCAGAUUCACAGAGAAUAGAUUUUUGAUGAUAUUUUCCUCUUCCAACUUGGCAUUGGUUAUAUUAUGAAAUACAUGUUUAAUUUCACUCCUGUUCAGGGUGGUGCUAGGGAAUAUGCUUAACUUGACAUCUCUGGUACUUUAAUGUGCUCCUGUGUGUGUGUGUUCUUGAAUAAGACUGAGAAAACCCCAUGUUUUGGUUUGCACCUGGAAGACUCACAGUCUCAGAUUGCUUCCUCUGCUUGCCAUCCUAAAUGGUCAUGAGCUUGCACUAUGAGUUCUGCAUCAGCUCCUACCUGCUGUGAAAUAACAUCUGGGUCUUGUGCCAGAGGGGGACAGUUGUCUCAGAUAAAUGACAACAGGCUGCGGGUGUGUGCACAGAAACGCUUAAUGUGGUUCGGUCGAUGCAGAGCCAUUUAUUAAGCUGUGGUAGCUGGAACCGGGCAGCUGAACCCUGCGACUCAGUGGGGAAUGAAGGGCACUGAAAGCCAUCUAUUAGGCCAUCUGACCUGCUCCUCAGAAGCCAAGUGAGGAUUAUUCCCUCUGCUCCUUUCUGAUAUUGUUCUCUUGCCAUGAAUCUUUGUGUGUGUUCUUUCUCCUCCAGGCAUUGUUGUUCUCCAAAUCCUGUUUUAUGAUACACUGAGAAUCAGCUCAGAGGCUGCUGAAUCACUCUGCUAUGAUGCUGUUUGACUGGCUUCCAAUUUGAAGCGCUAAUAGAAAGCAUUUCUUCCCCUCUUCCCCCUGCAAACAAAACAGAACACCCCAAACUGAAGGAGUGGACAGGCUCCAGUAGCACUGAACAGACACGAUUUAGAAUUAUUGGAGCAUUUAAUUUUUUAUAAUCUUUGAAUUUGGAAGUGUGCUUGGCUUCGAGGGCAUAUGUGGUGAAAAGACAACUGAAAAUUAUUGGAACGCUUUCCUUGGGAAGCACUUGGUGCAUCACAGCUCAGAGUGGCAUGAGGGAAAGCAAGGUGCUCAAAGGAUGUGAUCUUUAAGACUGCAUGGGCUCAAAAACCUCUUGAUUUUUAU